GAGGACGGGUGACAUCACAUCCUCUCUCUGUGAUGGGAUCCCAGAAAUGAAAGUCGCUUUCGUUACUGACAGAAGACUUCAGCAGAGCCAUGAAGGACAAUAAAAUUGGCACGUUCACCAUUCUGCUUAUCUUUUUUUGUCAAUUCCAAGGUUCACAGCAUCUGAGGCUCAGUGGUCCUCAGGUAUCGAGGGGCAAUGCCGACAAGGUGAGGCUGGACUGUUCUGCAGAUCCAGGAGAUUCCAUGGAUCACGGAGUACAUUGGUUCCGCCAGAGGAAAAAUGAAAAGAAUCCAGAAGCAAUUGUUUAUCUCAGUGUGGUGAAAAGAUCAAGUUACCAAAUAGACCAAAAUGAAAGCAGUCGUUUCAUAGCGGAUAAACCAGGAAAUUCUUUCACUUUGACCAUUAACUCAUUUAAGGAUAAGGACCAGGGAAUGUAUUACUGUAUGGUUAUUAAGAAUUCAGCGCUAACCUUCAGUCCUGGACAUCAACUACUCUUUCCUGAAGUAACAGCACCUAAAUCAACCGCCACAACCAAACCACCUCCAGUCACCUCAGCUAAGGAACCAGAAGAUGAUUGUAGCUGCAACUCUGGAAAAAAAGACCCAACAGAUAAAGAGACUGAAAUCUGGAAGAUUGACUGUAAUAUGAACAUCUGGGCCCCGCUUGCUGGACUUUGCGGAUUUCUUCUCAUCUGUCUGCUGGUCACAACCAUAAUGCUCUGCUGCCGUACAAGAAGAAGGAGAUGCCGGUGUAAACACAGGCCCUUGGAGGAAAAGAAUGGUCAAAUGAACCUCAUGAACAAAUACAAGAAGUAAUUGUGGUGGAUCUCCUCAACCAUGACCUACUUUCAUGAUUAGUACAUGGACUAAAACCUUAUCUUGUGCAUUGUGUACAGGCUAUUUGUGUCUUUUGUUGCCUUUUAUAAAGUGUGCCUUACAAUUUUUACGGAACUGAGGAGGUCAUUCUGUAGGCUCCAUUAAUGUUUUUUGAGCUUGCAUCGAACCAAGUUGCUAGAAACUGGUGUCACCAUCAUUGCUUUCAACCUACCAAUUUCUGCAAGAUUGGUUUAGCGUUUAUGCUGUCCUUGUCUAAUAGAGUCCCAAAUGAAAUUAUCCAAUUUGUCAUGCCGUUUGAAGCAAAAUCAGGGCUGAUCACGUAAUGCCUUGGGGAUGGCAUCAGAAUCUCAAAUGGCAAGACUGGGGUGGGUGGACAAAUGCAAAAUCAAGCAGCUGCGUCACUUAUCCUCGGAGGUAAGUGGCAUGAAGGGAUGGGAUGCUAACACACUAUGGGCCAGAUUCAGAAAGAAUCGCGGCGG